CCGACACCUUCAGAAAUUUGCUCUCUGUCUCGUCUGUGUAAAGAGGAAGAGAAUAAGCGCUGUCAUAGUGUCAUUCAAAGGAAAAAUAUAGAAAGUUUGAUUCUGAUUAUUUUUAUUAUAGUCGGUUUUAUUUUUUCCUUUUUAAAGGAGUCUUAAAGAGAGAAUAGAAAAAUCUGACCUUUUCGCUUUCCCAACCUCCCGGGGAAAUCUGAAAUUUCCGACCACCUCCCUGCCUCGGAAACUCUGUCUCCGGAGCGGGAGCUUCGAGUUAUGGAAAACAUCAGAAGUCCAUUCAAGGGGAUUAUCAAAGACAUCAAGGGAAGAAGCGCGUGCUACAAGCAAGAUUGGGUCAGUGCACUUUGCUCAGGCUUUGGGAUAUUAGCUCCGACUACCUAUAUCUUCUUUGCUUCUGCUCUUCCUGUUAUUGCCUUCGGAGAGCAAUUGAGUCGAGAUACAGAUGGCACCCUCAGCACAGUGGAAACGUUGGCUUCUACAGCUAUUUGUGGAGUCAUUCAUUCCAUUUUUGGUGGGCAACCUUUGUUGAUAGUGGGUGUUGCAGAGCCAACAGUUAUAAUGUACACUUAUUUGUACAGUUUCAGCAAAGGAAGGCCAGAGUUGGGCCAGGAACUCUUUUUGGCUUGGACUGCAUGGGUCUGUGUAUGGACUGCUCUGCUGCUCAUUCUUCUUGCUAUAUUCAAUGCAUGCACCAUAAUCACCAGAUUUACAAGAAUUGCAGGAGAGCUUUUUGGCAUGUUGAUAACUGUUCUUUUCCUUCAAGAGGCUGUUAAGGGGGUGAUCAGUGAAUUCAGUAUUCCCAAAGGUGAAAAUCCUAAGUUGGAGAAAUAUCAGUUCCCCUGGCUAUAUACAAAUGGGCUGCUGGCAGUCAUUUUCUCAUUUGGGGUUCUAGUCAGCGCCCUAAAGACACGAAAGGCAAGAUCAUGGUGUUAUGGAACAGGUUGGCUUCGAGGGUUUAUUGCAGACUAUGGGGUUCCCCUAAUGGUCUUGUGUUGGACAGCACUAUCUUACACAAUACCUGGAAAAGUUGAUUCUGGAGUUCCCAGGAGGCUGUUCUGUCCACUUCUAUGGGAACCUGCAUCAUUACAUCAUUGGACAGUGAUAAAGGAUAUGGGGAAGGUUCCAAUAGUGUACAUCCUUGCAGCCUUUAUACCAGCAUUGAUGAUAGCAGGUCUAUACUUCUUCGAUCACAGUGUCGCUUCACAGAUGGCACAACAAAAGGAGUUUAACCUUAAAAAGCCCUCUGCUUACCAUUAUGAUAUCUUGUUGCUAGGAGUUAUGACUUUGAUUUGUGGCUUGCUGGGACUCCCUCCUUCAAAUGGGGUCCUUCCACAAUCUCCCAUGCACACAAAGAGCCUUGCAGUUCUCAAGAAGCAGUUGAUUCGGAAAAAAAUGGUAAAAAGUGCCAAGGAGGGCAUGUUGCAACAAGCAAGCAACUCAGAAAUUUACGGAAGGAUGCAAGCUGUGUUUAUAGAAAUGGAUGCAUCUCCUGCUCUUAUUUCAGUAGAUAAAGAGCUGAAGAACUUGAAAGAGGCUGUGAUGAAAGGUGAUGAUGGGCAGGAUGCAAAAGGAAAAUUUGAUCCUGUGAAACAUAUUGAUGCUUAUUUGCCUGUCAGAGUUAAUGAGCAAAGAAUGAGCAACCUGUUGCAAUCAUUCCUUGUGGGACUCUCAAUGUGUGCUCUGCCUGUAAUAAAAAAGAUACCUACCUCUGUACUCUGGGGAUACUUUGCCUACAUGGCCAUUGACAGCCUUCCAGGGAACCAGUUCUGGGAAAGGAUAUUGCUGCUUUUCAUCACCCCUAGUAGGCGUUACAAAGUCCUGGAAGGUGUUCAUGCAUCAUUUGUGGAGUCGGUACCUUUCAAGUCCAUUUUGCUGUUUACACUCUUCCAAUUUGUAUAUUUUCUAGUAUGUUUUGGGGUGACAUGGAUACCUAUAGCUGGAAUACUGUUUCCACUGCCGUUCUUCCUUCUCAUCAGCAUCAGACAGCACAUCCUUCCAAAGUUUUUCCAUCCUGAACAUCUUAGGGAACUAGAUGCUGCUGAGUAUGAAGAAAUUGCUGGUACACCACGAAGAAACUUAAGUAUAUCGCUCAAGGAAAGGGAACCACCUGAUUCCAGCAGCCAAGGGACUGACGACGACUUUUAUGAUGCUGAGAUAUUGGAUGAGAUGACAACCAACAGAGGAGAGUUGAAGCUUAGAACUGUAAGCUUUAAGGAAGAAAGGUUACAUCAGGUUCAUCCAGAAGGAAGUGCCUGAACUCAUCUGGAACAACAUUAAUAUUCAGUGUACAGUGAGCCUGGUAUGAUGAGGAUUGCUAGUGUUGAUCAUAAUCCUACGCCUGAUUGAAGAAACAAUCACGGUCCUAAGAAAGAAAGUCCGAGAAUGUUACCUUGUAUAGCCAGUUAAUUACCCCGAAAAAGGCUGGAAAAAAAAAUUGACAGAAAGAAAUUCAACUGCUCUCUGGUGAGAGGAAGAAAUACAGGAAUGGAAGCAUUGAAGUGUAUUUUCACCCCUUCUUUGGUUUUCAAUUUGUUAAUCCUUAAAAAUUAGGCAUAUCUGCUAGAAUAUUAACAGUGAGGAUUGAGCUCAAAUUGCCCUUCAAUCAUUGCUCUUUUUUUAGGCUAAGGAGAUGGGGGAAAGGGGAGGAGGGACAGAUUCUUUUCAUUGCUAAAUAGAUGAGGGGAUGCGGUACUUUUCAUGUUAAAAAUUGGAAUGGCCAAUUCUUUCAUUUGUUUUACUUUAGUAGAAUUAUUUCUAACUAGUCAUAAUUUGUCCAGACUAACAUACUCUUAUUGAAUCAUGAAUAUAGAUUAAUUUGUUGAGCUCUA